CACCUAUACAUACUCUCGUCGAAAGACACGAUAUCUUGCAAAAAGGCACAAGCAGCGCAUAGUUAGAGAAUCUCAACAUCACAUAAUGUCGACCCAAGGACCUUCUCCUCUCCCUCCUACCACCAUCCUCUCCACAAAGCCCAUUUCGCAAUCCGCAGCGCACGACUUUCUCGCCGCUUACCUCGACCGCGCCAAUACGGAUCCUGCCCUCCAGCCUAAUGCAGUUAUCUCAGAACGUGGUCCCGUCUCUCGCACGACCUCUGCAGCUCCCAACCUCAUCCUGCACAAUUUGAAGCGUGUACAGGCCGGUCUGGCUGGUGAAGUUCUUGGGAGGGACCUGACAGUUGCAAAAUUGGAAACAGAGCCACAGACAGAAGAGCAAGCAGAUGGUACUAAAGAGGGUUGGGUGGACAAGGAGAAAUGGCAGCAAGCGGAUGAAGAAGGGGGCCCAGCUGACGCAUACGAGGCCGAGGAGAACGAUCAGAUGGAUGUGCAGGACUCCCAGGAGCCUGCUGUCGAUAAGGAAGAACGCAAACGGAAGAAGAAGGAGCGAAGACUGGCCGAGAAGCGCGCAAAAGCAAAGGGAGCUGAGCAGGAAGAGUAAAGGGUUCGGUAUCUACAGUUGUAGAUGUUGUGUUUGCAUGGGGGUUUAAAAAAAUCGUUUAGAUGGGACCGGGAAAAAAUGGGCAUGGCGUUUUGGGAGUCAAUAAAAGCACACAAUGUCCGUUUACAAUUCACGAUCAGAAGCCUUGACGGGCUUCUCGCUGUCUUCGCUCUUGGCGCUGGUGACCUUUCCACCCUUCCAGCCAAGGGCGGCGAGUCGCUCGGGAAGGAUGGGGUGGGAGUAAUGGUAACUAGCGUACAUCCAG